GAUAAACUGGACGGGUAUAAUCUACAGACUGUGGAUAUUCGAAAGUCACGGGUCUGGAGAUGAAUUUGGAAAGAAUUUAGUGAGACUCACCUCAUUGUCAACCAUAGUUGGAUUGAUCUUGACCGUUUUUUAGUCAACCAACCAAUCAAUUUCGUAUGGCAAACUGAAACGCAUCCAUUAAUUUCAAAACCUGCAAAGUUUUUUUCGAAGGUUGUCAACCUGCGGAUUGAGCCACCGGUUGACCUUUUCUGACCACCCUGGCUUGGUGAGCAAAAACAGGGCAAGAUACACCUGCGGUCGAACCUCUGCAAGGUUACUGGGUUGUAGAUCACACAACGUCGUUUUCCUUUUGGUUUGCGAAAUGCGCCUCAUUUUUCGGUUUUGCUCUUCGCUAGUCCCAUCUUUGAAAUUCUAAGCUGAACAUUUGAAUAUUGAUUUUUAUCUAAGUGUGCGUGUGAGUUUUCACUAUAUGUAAGAUCCAAGUACGACAAGUAAUUUUGGUAUAAUGUUAUACGUUGUAUAUGAGAUUUGAUGUAAUUUAUAAAUCGAUCUAUGAACAAUAUCCAAGCCAAACCGAGAUAAAGCGAUAAGACCAUUAAUACUCAACCAGCUUACUCGACCAAGCCAACCGACUAUAUAUAUAUAUCGGAUUAACAAUUUUUUUACUCACAAUUCGAAUCCGGUUGGAUAAAACCCCAAACUCACCCUAAAAUGGUUACAUAGACAAACAAACCGGUUGUAUAAUUGUAGAGGCUGAGGCCGUCAUUUCGGACAACACAUGAAAAGUAGAGAGGGAAAAGAUAAAACAAAAAGAAUAAGAUAAAAGGUGACAAUUGGAAUUUAGUUUGACGGAUUCGGACAGUCUCCCCCGUACCGUACAUCCCAUUACCCAGUCACUCCCCCCCUCCGCCUCGCCUUCGCCAAACUCUAAACCCCGCCGCUGUCCAAUCUCCAACCACCAUUAUCGUCUCCCGAAGAGGUAAAGGAAGUCCGCCGUCCGGAAAAGAAAGGCCGCGUUCUUUGUGUUGCCGAUUCUGGAAAAGAAAGGCCGCGUUCUUUGUGUUGCCGAUUCUGGAAAAGGAAAAAGAGGUCCGCCGUCCGGAAAAGGAAGGCCGCGUUCUUGGUCUCCCGAUUGCUCACCUUCUUUUCUUGUUCCGGUAAGGUCUCUUGGUCUCGUCUGUGGCGGAUUCUUGUCUUGGGGUCUAGAUCUAGUUCUCCUCACCCGCCGAUUUCCUUCUUUUUUUUUUUUUUCCUUCCUCCAGCUGACUCUCUUCUCUUGUUCCGGUAACGCCUGUUUGUCUCGUCUGCGGCGGAUUCCUCUCUUGGUGUCGAUCUGGUUUUCUCACCCGCCGAUUUCCUUUUCUUCCUGCAGCUGACCCUCUUCUUUUGUACGGGUAAGGUCUCUUGGUCUGGUCGGUUGUGGUUUCUUCUCUUGGUCUCGAUCAGAUUCUCCUCACCUCACCUACCGAUUUUCUUUUCCCCCACCAGCUAACUAGCGAUCGAACAUGCCUCGCCAUCCAAAGGGGACGACGGCUGGCUUCAAGGUCAAACCCAGACCACGCCCCAAGGACCUCUACGGAGAAAAUGAAGAUCUUCCUGUGAAUCACGAUUGGAGCCACGGGAAGUGGACGAAAGACGGGGACCAGUGGAAGCCGGAUCCCAACGGCAAACAGAUCAUAAUGAGUCCCAUCCGGGAGCAAAAGGAUGGUGAAGGUACAUGUGCUUACCACGCCACUUCUGUGUGUAUUGAGGCGGCGUACAAUAUCAAGUACAAUUCCGACUUGCCGAUCCAGCUGUCGGUGCAGGAGUUGCUGGAUUGUGUGAAGUUCAAGGUCGAAAACUACAAGAGUUCGACAAGACUGAAAGUGAUAUUGGAUUGGGUGGUUGAUAACUAUCUUUCGCUGGAGAGUGACUAUAAGCAUACCACCGGCAAUCUUGGUAGUGACUGCCUAGGGAAAGGGAAGGGAGCUGAUUGGAAGGCUGUAACUAUCAUGAAGAAAGAUUUCACUGACGAGGAGAAGGAGGAGGUGAGGGAGAAGGAAGUUCUGAGGCUGGUACACGAACAACCCAUCAUCGUUGUUUUUGACGCAACCAAUACUUUUGUUGAGUGGUCAGGCAAGGAGAUUUAUCGGGGGGUCACUAUUGACGACGAGGAGGGCGCGAGCGCCAUUACACCGAAAGAAGAUCAUGAGGACUUGCAGAAACAUGCAAUGUUGCUGGUAGGGUACGGCACCACCGAAGACGGGAAGACGAACUACUGGAUCGUUCGCAACUCAUGGGGUCUUUCAUUUGGUGAAGGUGGCUACGGCAAGGUCGCACGAGCCUCGAGUCUGCCGGGCGGUGAAACUUUGAUUACGAAAAUUUUCACAGUCGAGGCUGCUAAAGUGAAGGAGAAAGUUCCAUCCAUGGCACAGGAACAGGAAGACGAUUGACCGGCCGGGUGAUUCAUCAAUAUUUCUUUCCAGGAAGAAGACUGUCUUGGGUUUAUUUUGUCGUACGUAAAGAAUGGUGGUAUAGCUAGCUGUGGGGAAUGGAUUCACGUUUCCUCCAACACUACUUUUGCUUCAACUGUGGGUUACUUCGGUUGGUCUACUUUUAUGAUAUCGAUCACAAUCAACUACUAAGAGAAUUCCUUUUGAGAGGAGAGGAUACGUCGUCAUAUCUUUCUACUGAUGCUCUUUGACAAUGUCUUUCUACUAUUGUUCUUUGACUAUGUGGGAUUUUGCAGCGGAUUACUAAGCUAAUGAUUAGUUGUGGUUCUUUCUGUGAAUGAUCGAUGUGGGCUUUUGUAGCGGAUACGUGUCAACAGAGUUGGUGGUGAAUAUGUUCCGCGUACUUAGAGGUUUGACAUGUAUGAUCUAGAAUAUCAUGAGGUUUUCGUCUGUCGUGAACGUCAAGUUUAGUAAUCACUUUCUCCCUCAGCUCUUGGGAACCUGGCUACUUCUGUUUGACUCGUCCUAACGCCUUUCCAUCACACCCUCUAUAGUGUCCUUCUAUUCCUUCAUCAAGCCCUCCACUCGAGAGUCACCUUGACCUAGCUCUCCUGAUGUUCUUGAAAAUGACCUCUCCUGCUGCACCAUCUCCUCCUUCAGUGUCAUCUCCAUACGAUUCACCCUCUCUUCCUAUCUUUCUGCAUAGUCCCAGUCCUCUCCGGCCCCAAGUAGCUAGGUUCCGUGAUCGAGACGGGCAUCAUCUUCCGAGUAACAUUGGCUAGUUAUCAUAAAUGGUCACAAACCUUUCACUUUAUACAAAAUGGUCAAAUUCCUUUAAUUUUGCACGUUUCGGUAAAAAAAGUUUGAGCAAAAUGGUCAAUCCGUCCAAUUCCGUCCAAAACUCCGUCCCAGAUCACCAUGUCAGCAUGCCACGUCAAUGUAUAUUAAUUAAAAAAUGUCCUACUUAGCUCACUUAACCCGAGACUCCAACCGGUUCCGAACAAACUCUUUAACCAUUUUUUUACCCCCAAAUCGUUUUACCCCCAAAACCAGACCAGAAGUCACGAGGAGAGGGGGAGAUUGCGAUUCGUCGGUGAGCAGACCUCCUCCAAACGAUUCGUCCGUCGUCCUCCUCCUCGCCGACGCUACUCCAACCGAUUCGCCAGCCAUCCUCCCCCUUGCCAGCGCUACUCCUCCAACCGAUUCGUUCGCCGGCUGAAGUGCGGGAGGGGAGGUGGGGGAGAUUCUUCCACUGUCGCUGUCGAACACUCAAAGCUAGCAUCCUCCUCUUCGCCUACAACCAGUCCCACCAAAUCGGCCGACCAAAAUCUCGACAAAAAUCCCGACAACCAGUCCUCUUCUCAUCCAAUCGACCUCUUCUCAUAUCAUCUCCGACGAAAAUCCCAGAAAGGAGAUAUUGUGCAUGCGCGUGCGGUAGCUGGAACUUUCUUUGUUACGCCGGCUGACUAAUAAUGGAUGAGUGGAAGCUGCGUUCAGCCCAGAGUCGCCAUCUGAAGCCCGAUUAUGGUAAGAGUACUGACUUGUCACUAUAAAAUGAAGCUGGUAAC